AUGGCUGCCCAGCAGAUCGUGCAGCUGCCGCCGGCCUUUGUCGGCGAGCAGGCUGUUUAUGGCCCUGACUACCGUGGAGGGCUGGCGCCUCCACCCGAGUGGUGGGCACACAUCGCCCACCCGUUGGCGCCAUGGCCCCCACAGCCCGUUCGCGUGCAAGCAGUGGCUGUGCAUCCCUGCCAACAGUGGCACUCCAUCAUGGGCUUGAGUUAUCAACCCAUGCCCAUGCCCCAGCCAACAGUGCCAUGGUGUUGUGCGCCACAAAUGCCUCACAUGCCCAUUGCACACACCAUGCCCCACCAGACAGAGCCGUGGUGCGGGACUCCACAGAUGCCCCCACAGCUGGCACAAAUGGUGACGUUUCUGCCACCUGCACAAGUGCCUCCCCCACAUCAGCCCCCACAACUGGCCCCUCAACUUCCCCAGCACGUGGCGCUUCAAGCGUCCGUGCCACCGCCCCCCACGACAGCACCCACAGCACCCGCAUUGGCCACAGAAAAGCCCGCCAAGCCCGCAAAGCCCACGAAGCCCGCAAAGCCCACAAAGCCGUCGUGGGCGGACCUGUCGGAAAACCCGAUGGCUCCUCCCAGUUCGUGGCUUCCUGGCGAGGCUGAAGAGCUCCCAACGCUUCUCCCCAAGCCCAACACGGGCAAGGGGAAAGGCAAAGGCAAAGGCAAGGGCAAAGGCAAGGGCAAGAGCUCCAGUAAAGGAAAUGGCAAGGGUCAGGGCGGUCAGGGCAAAUCCUGGCGCAAUUGGAGCUGGUACUGA